AUGGCCUACCAAGGAGCUGGAGGCUACGAUAACGGCCAUAAUUUGCAUGACAUGCCUCACGACACGAACCAACCAUACCACCAGCCACCACACCGAGACAGCGAUGACGAGCAAGAGCGAUCCCUACUUCACAACAAUGGCCCAUUUGCGGGACCUUUCGAUGAGCCCAAUAGCCGCGCUGGCACCCCCGGCGGCCACGAUGCUAAGGGAUACUCGUUAGAAGAGUCGUACGUGGCUGCGGGAGGUCACGCGCCUCCUUAUAAUGGCUAUCAAGAGUACAGCGGUGUGACACUCGAGGACCCCGGCUACGGCGCCCCAGACCGUGUACCGAGCCCAUACUCACGCAGCGAGACUGGCAGCACAGAGGCCUGGCGCCAACGUCAACAGCCAGGCGCAGCUGCAGGCGGUCUGAAGCGCAAUGCCACGCGUAAGGUUAAGCUUGUGCAGGGUGCUGUGUUGAGCGCAGACUACCCGGUGCCUUCUGCCAUUCAGAACGCCGUGCAAGCGAAGUACAGGAAUGAUCUCGAGAGCGGCAGCGAGGAAUUCACACAUCUGCGAUACACUGCCGCAACUUGCGACCCCAACGACUUCACCCUCAAGAAUGGCUACAAUCUUCGACCGGCGAUGUACAACCGACACACCGAGCUGUUGAUUGCCAUCACAUACUACAACGAAGACAAGACCCUGACCUCGCGAACGUUGCACGGUGUUAUGCAGAACAUCCGCGAUAUCGUGAACAUCAAGAAAUCAGAGUUCUGGAACAAGGGUGGCCCAGCCUGGCAAAAGAUUGUGGUGUGUCUGGUGUUCGACGGUAUCGACCCUUGCGACAAGGGCACCCUUGAUGUGCUCGCUACUAUUGGUAUCUACCAGGACGGUAUCAUGAAGAGGGACAUUGACGGCAAAGAGACGGUCGCGCAUAUCUUCGAAUACACAACACAGUUGUCGGUUACAUCGAACCAACAGCUGAUUCGACCACUCGACGAUGGCCCGUCAACUCUGCCCCCAGUGCAGAUGAUGUUCUGUUUGAAGCAGAAGAACAGCAAGAAGAUCAACUCCCACAGAUGGCUCUUCACUGCAUUCGGACGCAUCUUGAACCCAGAAGUCUGCAUUCUGCUCGACGCUGGAACGAAGCCCGGCCACAAAGCGCUACUCGCACUGUGGGAGGCGUUCUACAACGACAAGGAUCUUGGAGGUGCUUGCGGUGAGAUUCACGCACUCCUCGGUAAGGGCUGGAAGAAUCUGCUCAACCCACUGGUUGCUAUUCAGAACUUCGAGUACAAAAUCUCCAACAUCCUGGACAAGCCGCUGGAGUCCUCAUUCGGAUAUGUGUCUGUGCUUCCAGGUGCCUUUUCCGCCUACAGAUUCCGCGCUAUCAUGGGUCGUCCGCUCGAGCAAUACUUCCACGGUGACCACACGCUCUCCAAACAGCUUGGACCAAAGGGUAUUGAGGGCAUGAACAUUUUCAAGAAGAACAUGUUCUUGGCCGAGGAUCGUAUUCUGUGCUUCGAGCUGGUUGCGAAGGCCGGCAGCAAGUGGCAUUUGACUUACGUCAAGGCUUCAAAGGGUGAGACUGAUGUGCCAGAAGGCGCUCCAGAGUUCAUCGGUCAGCGACGACGAUGGCUGAACGGUUCCUUUGCCGCCACACUCUACUCCCUUAUGCAUUUCGGUCGCAUGUACCGCUCUGGACACAACAUCCUCCGCAUGAUCUUCUUCCACAUCCAGCUGAUCUACAACAUUGCGACUGUCACACUAUCUUGGUUCUCAUUGGCUUCCUACUACUUGACAACAGCUGUUAUCAUCGAUUUGGUUGGCACACCGAGCUCCAGCAACGAUCAACGAGCGUUCCCAUUCGGCAACGAGGCCACCCCGAUCGUCAACACCAUCGUCAAAUACAUCUACCUGGCAUUCCUCCUCCUGCAAUUCAUCCUUGCGCUUGGUAACAGGCCCAAGGGAAGCAAGUGGUCAUACAUUGUCUCUUUUGUGGUGUACGCCGUUAUCCAGCUUUACAUCAUCGUCGACUCCUUCUACCUGGUCAUUCACGCUUUCACGAGCGGCUCUGGUGGCACGCUGGAUACAAGUGGCUCCGCGGGAGAUUUUAUCAAGUCCUUUGUCUCCUCCACCGGACCUGGUAUUAUCAUUAUCGCACUUGCUGCGACCUUUGGUCUCUACUUUGUGGCAUCCUUCCUCUACCUGGAUCCAUGGCACAUGUUCACUUCUUUUGGUCAAUACCUGCUCAUGAUGACCAGCUACAUCAACAUUCUGAUGGUCUACGCUUUCAGCAAUUGGCACGAUGUGUCCUGGGGAACCAAGGGUUCCGACAAAGCCGAAGCGCUGCCAUCUGCCACCACACAAAAGGGUGCAGACGGUAAGACGACUGUCAUCGAAGAAGUCGACCUGCCACAAGCCGACAUUGAUUCACAAUUCGAGCAGACUGUCAAGCGUGCACUCACACCCUACGUUGCACCCAAGGAGGACACCAAGAAGACUCUCGAGGACUCUUACAAAUCUUUCCGUACUCGUCUCGUCACUUUCUGGAUCUUCUCGAACGCCCUCCUCGCAGUCGCCAUCACGUCCGAUAACUUUGACAAGUUCGGCUUCUCGAGCGGUGCCACGACCAGAACCGCCAACUUCUUCAGAGCGUUGCUGUGGGCCACCGCUGCACUAUCUUUCAUCCGUUUCAUCGGAUGUGUGUACUUCCUGUUCAAGAGUGGAGCGCUCGCCAUCUGCGCGAGAAGAUAA